ACCGUUGUUGGCGCUCGCUAGGCGUGUGGUGCUUGUCUGUCGUCUUGCUCAAUCAUUACAGGUCCGAUCAAUCGCCGCAUCGUCUGGCUGCUUUUUAAAGAAAAGACCAGAUCACUGGGGGACCAAAAAACACGGGAAUAAGAAGUUUCAGUACAAUAUCAUCGAAAUGUCUGAUCCAAAGAUCGAGGAAGUUUUGGCCCCACUGCGACUGGCUGUAAAAGAACAGGGAGACCUGGUGAGGAAGUUAAAAGAAGACAAAGCUUCCGAGAUUGAUGUGAAAAGAGCUGUGGCAGAACUGAAGGUCCGCAAGAAAAACCUGGAUGACAAGGAAAUUGAACUCUCCCCAAAGGGAGAACAAAUUGACAGGUCCAAAUUGGAGGAUUUACUGAAACAGAGGUUCUUCUAUGAUCAAGCUUUUGCUAUCCACGGAGGUGUAAAUGGCCUGUAUGACUUUGGUCCCAUGGGCUGUGCCAUUAAGUCAAACCUACUACAGGCCUGGAGAAGUUUCUUUAUUCUCGAGGAGCAGAUGUUGGAGGUAGAUACAGCCAUGCUCACACCAGAGAUAGUGCUCAAGACAUCUGGCCACGUCGAUCGAUUUUCUGACUUCAUGGUGAAAGACCUGAAGAAUGGCGAGUGUUUCCGUGCCGACCAUCUUAUUGAGGCUCACCUUGAAAAAUUACUGAAUGAUAAGAAAACAAGCGCUGAUGUGAAGGACGAGAUUCAGAGAUUACUUCCUCUGAUUGAUGGAAUGGACAAGAAAGCUAUGACAGAGACAUUACGGAAGUACGACAUGAAAUCUCCUGUAACCAAUAACAACCUGUCGGACCCUAUGGAGUUUAACCUCAUGUUUAGUACAUCUAUCGGCCCCACUGGCCAACUUAAAGGGUUCCUGAGGCCUGAGACUGCGCAGGGUAUUUUUGUGAACUUCAAGAGGUUGUUGGAGUUUAACCAGGGCAAGCUGCCAUUCGCUGGUGCACAGAUUGGUAAUGCCUUCAGGAACGAGAUCUCUCCACGCUCAGGGCUUAUCCGUGUCAGGGAGUUCACCAUGGCGGAGAUAGAACAUUUCUGCGACCCUAACAACAAAGACCACCCUAAGUUUGCAACGGUACAUGACGUGGAGUUACUGCUGUACUCAGCAUGUAACCAGAUGGAUGGGAAGUCUGCAGAGAUGUGGAAGCUGGGAGACGCUGUGAAAAAUGGUCUCAUAGCCAAUGAAACGCUAGGAUAUUUCAUUGGCAGGAUAUAUUUAUUCUUGAUCAAAGUUGGCAUUGAUCCAAAUAAACUGCGAUGACAACACAUGUCCAACGAGAUGGCUCAUUAUGCGUGUGAUUGUUGGGAUGCAGAAUGCAAGACCACUUACGGUUGGGUCGAAUGUGUGGGGUGCGCAGAUAGAUCCUGCUAUGAUUUGUCACAGCACUCAAAGGCCACAGGAGUCCGACUAGUGGCAGAGAAGAAGCUUGCAGCUCCAAUAUCCUUUAUGCUUGUUACUAAACUGCAUGUGACACUGGACAUUGUGGAAUGUCAGCCUCAGAAGGGGGUGCUGGGUAAGACGUUCAAACAAGCAGCCAAAGGAAUAACAGAGUACUUGACCACUUUAGCGUCAGAGGAUGUUGACAAACUGGAAAAGGCACUGAAGGAUUCUGGCGAAUCUUCUGUAAACAUUGAUGGAUCAGACUAUGUCCUGAAACCAGACAUGCUCAGUGUUAAACGUUACCAGAAAACAGUUCAUGUUGAAGAAUACACUCCGUCAGUUGUUGAGCCGUCUUUUGGGAUUGGCAGAAUCAUGUACGCCUUGUUUGAACACAACUUCCGGGUCAGAGAAGGGGACGAACAGAGAACAUACCUUUCCUUGCCGCCAGUGAUAGCCCCGUACAAAUGUUCUGUGCUACCGCUCAGUGGUAACAAGGAGUUCCAACCAUUCAUCGCACAACUGUCUUUGGCGUUAACACAGAACGACAUUUCUCACAAAGUGGACGACAGUUCUGGGUCCAUUGGGCGUCGGUACGCACGCACUGACCAGAUCUCUAUCCCAUUUGGGAUCACUAUAGACUUUGACACCCUGAAGGAGCCCCACACCGCCACCCUUAGGGAGAGGGACAGCCUCAAGCAGAUCAGGGCAAAGAUUGAGGAGUUACCAACAAUCGUCCGUGACCUGGCGACUGGACGGAGAACGUGGGAGAGCGUCCUACAGGCCUAUCCAAUCUUUGAGCAGCAGGAGGCUACAAAGUCAGCUGGGGACAGUUAAUGAUAACCACAGAACGUCAUUAAAGUAACACAAGUUCAUGAUGUCAUGGAGGAGAUGAAGAAGAAAAUGUGCUGGAGAUUUUGCCGUAAUGAAGGCAGCUGUACAUCGGUUUGUCCAUUUUUUAACUGUGGACAAAAUUUCUCUGCUGUUCAGCCAUAAUUCUGUGACAGAUUCGUAUAGAAUGCUGUGGCAUUUAAACAGAAUUCUGUCAAACUUAUGUAGAAUUCUCUGAGAUUCUGUGCUUUUCAGCUAUGCUGUUUUGACAGAUUCGUAUAGAAUGCUGUGGCAUUUAAACAGAAUUCUGUCAAACUUAUGUAGAAUUCUCUGAGAUUCUGUGCUUUUCAGCUAUGCUGUUUUGACAGAUUCUUAUAGAAUGCUGUGGCAUUUAAACAGAAUUCUGUCAAACUUAUGUAGAAUUCUCUGAGAUUCUGUGCUUUUCAGCUGUGCUGUUUUGACAGAUUCUUGUAGAAUGCUGUGACAUAGAAUGCUAUGAAAUUCUUACAGCAUUCUGUGACAAUCAUACAGCAUUCUGUGGGAUGUGUACAGCAUUCUGUGGGAUGUGGACAGCAUUCUGCGGGAUGUGUACAGCAUUCUGCGGGAUGUGUACAGCAUUCUGCGGGAUGUGUACAGCAUUCUGCGGGAUGUGGACAGCAUUCUGCGGGAUGUGUACAGCUUUCUGCGGGAUGUGUACAGCAUUCUGCGGGAUGUGUACUGCAUUCUGCGGGAUGUGCACAGCAUUCUGCGGGAUGUGUACAGCAUUCUGUGGGAUGUGGACAGCAUUCUGUGGGAUGUGUGAUUGUCGGACAGAGUGUACCUCUUGUAUAAGCUUUUGCACUCUCUGUGAAUAAUGGCUUUGUUCAGUAUUUGGCAUAUUUUGCCGUGUUGAAUGUUCUACUUACAUGUAUCAACAUUAUGAAAUUUGAAAAGCUUUAAUGGUUUAGGUUGUUAAAUUUUAUCUUCGAGUUCAGAUACCUGUAAUCAGUAAAUGACCAUUGCCUAAUGGCCAGGGUUCCUGUGACAGUGGUUUCAGUAUAGGGCUUUUGUCCCAGGAGUUAUCACUGUCAAGAUCUGUAUAUUGUUUUAAACACUAGGUUGCUGUAACGUGUCAGAGUGACUUAAUUUCAUUGGAAAAUCUCCUUUAUAUAAUUGAGAAAUGGGUCAGUGACCAACGAAGGCAUCAACCUUGUCUUUACAACACCCCAUUUCUGAAAUUCAGCACUGUGUUUAUAGCACUAAAUAAAUUGUGAUUAAUAUUUAUUAGUGAAAGCCUGAGAACAGAUGCUUGAUAUUUUCAAAAGCACCUCUAUGCAGAAAAUGGUAGGACCCACAUACUGUCCAUAUUAUAUAAUAUUGAACCAACCCCAACUGUCAAUGUUAUAUAAUAUUGGACCAACCCCUGCUGUCCAUGUUAUAUAAUAUUGGACCAACCCCUGCUGUCCAUGUUAUAUAAUAUUGGACCAACGCAUACUGUCCAUAUUAUAUAAUAUUGGACCAACACACACUGUCCAUGUUAUAUAAUAUUGAACCAAUCCCUACUGUCCAUGCUAUGUAAUAUUGGACCAACACAUACUGCCCAUGUUAUAUAUUUCAUCAAGUUGGGGUCAAGGUAUAUUAGUUCAAUAU